AUGCGUGAAGGAACCCUCUACCGUUACGAACCAUUGAAGCCCCGGGGCAAAGAAAUCAGAGUCUUCAUCUUAUACCCGGGCCUCUUCUUGGACGACGUUGUUGCUGAGAUUCGCCACGUCGAACUCGGCCGGAGCAAGUACGAAGCCCUAUCAUAUACGUGGGGACCUGCGAACCAAGACCAUGGCAAGAUAUACCUCCAGCAAUGCGCGCUUUGUGAUAGUGACGGCCUCGGCGCUCUCCCGUUUGUCAACGUCAGGUCCACGCUCUUGACAGCUUUGCGAUACCUUCGACUUCCUACUGUGCCACGAGUCUUGUGGAUCGAUAGUGUAUGUGUGGACCAGGAGAACCUGGUAGAGCGGAAUCGAGAGGUUGCCCGAAUGGGCGAGAUAUACAACAAAGCAGAGCAGGUCAUUGUGUGGCUUGGGCCUGACGAUGAUGACACCCCCGUCGCAAUGGAGACAAUCAAGUUUUUGAGUGAGGGGGUUAUUAUGGAGUGGCAUCGUCGGCUGUUUACCACCGUCCCUGGAAGCGAAGCCGACCUGCUUCGGACCCGUUCUGAUCAAUCGACGUUGACGCUUGCACAAUGGACCGCAUUAAGGAGUCUCCUUACGCGGCCUUGGUUUACAAGGUUGUGGGUCCGGCAAGAGGUCGCGCUGGCAUCAAGAGUUGUCGUCGUCUGCGGUGGUUUCCAAGCAGCAUGGGAAGACGUCGAAAAGGUGGCAAUCCUGCUGGAGCACUCCUCGACCAGAGUCCACAUCCGUUUGAGGGACAUACUCUUCGUCCGUUCGCUCUUUCAAUUCCAAGGCUCCGAUGAGCUCAGUUACAUUCUGCACCGCUCCAGCUUCUGCGGAUACUCGGAUGCUAGCGACCUCGUCUACGCAAAUCUUUCCACCUCCUCGGCCAUCAAAGCGCUUCGCGUUGAGCCGAACUAUGACAUGUCUGUUGCUGCGGUAUACAAGGACCUCACUAUUCAAUACAUGCAGCAUUUUGGCAAUCUGGAUAUCCUCCGUUCUUGUGGUUCUCGGGAUUUGCCGCCCGAUUUCGAAUCCUUCGUUCCCGACUUCGCUGUUGCGAAAUCCGAGUCUCGACUUGUCAACGAAUAUGCGCAUGGAGGCACGAGACAUUUGCCAGUGAUUGCUGAAGGAGGAAUCACACUCAAACUAGAGGGGAAAUACAUUGGCAAGGUCAGCCAUGUCUCCAAGUUCCGAAGGCCACUGGCCACGGGCUACGCUGAUCGCGACAAAAUAAUUGACAUCAUCAUGACCUACCGUCGCUGGGAACCGGCAGACCUCUUUACCGCGCCAUAUCCAACCGGAGGGACUUUGUUUGAUGCCUUCAUUGCGCUAUUGGCCGGUGGUUCUUAUAGGGAGGUCUACGGCGGGCCUCAUUAUCCAACAAAGGAGGAAGCCAAAGAGGCCUUCCUGGCAGUUGUUUGGUCCGGCGGACAUGCCGACAUGGUCGCUGAAUCCAGAUUCUGGGGUUACAUUGGUGAGAUUACUUCGGAUCGAAGGGGCGAGCAUUACUUUCGCACACGGGAGGGUCACGUCGGUACUACGCCGGGAGACGUCCAGACAGGCGAUAUUAUCUGUCGUUGGGAAAGACACAAAACGGGUGCUACCAGCUCGUGGGACCUUGCUACGUCGAGGGUGUCAUGUUUGGAGAAGCGCUGCUUGGGCCGUUUCCAGAACCAUGGCUAUGCAUGA